CAUUGUAUGUGCUGCAACCCACUAACUUUGUGUAAGGACCAUAGGACUCAACCGGAUCACCAUCAAGUCGCAUUACCCGAUCACGCGAGCCGACAAACUUCUCGACCAACUUCGCUGUGCCAAGUUUUCUCAAAAAUUGACUUGCGAGGAGGUUACCAUCAGAUUCGCGUCCCCGCCGAAGAUUAUCACAAGACGGCAUUUCAAAACCGCUACGGCAGCUACGAGUACCUGGUGAUGCCUUUUGGCCUCAGGAACGCACCUUCGACCUUCCAAAUGACCGUGAAUGGAAUUUUCAGGGAACUCUUGGACAAAUGUGUCAUCAUCUACCCCGAUGACAUACUUAUAUACAGCCGCAGCAGGGAGUAGCACUUACAAUAUCUUGAUGCAAUCUUCAC